AUGGAGGAAAAGUUACAUUACUGUAACUUGACCAUCGCCCUCUUGGCGGUUUUGGCAUUUUCUCAUAUUCAUUACAGAAUCUGGUCCCUCGAAACCGAAUGCAAGUCCCUUUCUCAUGUUCAUGUUCGUGAAAAACGAGACGUUCCCAUGUCCAGAGGCAAGAAUGCGUCUGACACUCUCUGGUUGACGUCACUCUCUUCGGUUAAGAUUGGAGAGCUUAUGCACAAAUGCACUGAAAUCCAUGAGUACUGUAGCGAACAAGAUGAUGUUCGUGGAAAGCCAGGACCAGUGGGACCAAUAGGACCACCAGGGAAACUGGGACCACCUGGACCACAAGGAAGAAGAGGAUUAAUGGGAGUUCCAGGACAUCCAGGUCCGAUUGGACCUCCAGGUAACAUUGGAAAAGAUGCCGACUGUUCCACUUGUCCUGUACGAGACGAGCUAUUGAUGGAACGCGAAUUCAAGUGUCCUACGAUUGAAAACUUAGAAUGUCCUAAUAAUAAAGAACCAAUUCCAACAACUCCAUGGCCUUCGGUGACCCAUCAACCAAUGCCCGGCCUAGUACAGCAGAUUCUAACAAACUACAGUGAAGUCGAAGGAUGUGUGAAAAUCUGUCUGAAAAACUACACGCUGGAUGAAGAAAUUGAAGAGACUAUCACAACUCCAGUGGCUUAUAUUCAAGGAGUUACAGCUCACUGCCGUCUACAAAAUGUGGGGAAACCAGUUUUCCAUUCUCACUCAACCACGUACUACGGUAGCUGGAUGAGAGAUGCCUAUCCACCAACCGGAGAUGAUGCUAGAAAACGUUAUGUUAUGAACCAUUUCCAAGGACACGAGCUAAUUGAAUUCCGAAACGAAGCCGAAAUGAGGAGAGAGCAUGUCGGAAAAGUCCAUCGCCUUCCUUACAUUUUCGAUGGAACGAAUCAUGUGAUAUUCAAUGCAUCUUUAUUUUAUCAAAGAGCUGGUUAUCCAAUAAUUGCGAAAUAUGAAUUCAACUCAAAACAAUAUUCACAAUUCGAAGUUCCCGGCGCUGCUUAUAGAGGGGAUCAGUAUCUCUACAACAAUUCCAUGAAUUAUUUUGAUCUGGCUAUUGACGAAAAUGCUCUUUGGGUCAUGUUCCAUUAUCAAGAGGAGCACUUCUUGUCUGUUGCCAAAGUUGAUAUAAAUAAUUUGACCAUCUAUGAGACAUUCAAUUUAACCAUUGUCAAUCAUACGGAUGUUGCCAACGGAAUCGUCGUGUGUGGAACAAUUUAUUUGGUUGAAAGUGCAUCUGAGCAAUCGACAUACAUCUCUAGCGCUUACGAUUUCUACCGUAACACUUACUCUCAACCACUGAUAAAAUGGAUCAACCUGUACAAAAAUGCGAAUAUGAUAAGCUACAACGCCUACGACAAGAGAAUCUACAUAUACGAUCAUGGCUACAUGCUUUCUGUCCCUCCCCUAUUGCAUUGGUUGGCUAAAUAG